AUGGCGGAGACUGGGGCUGAUGACGACGAGACGCUCGGCGCCUGGGCCCUGCGCUACCGCGGCGUCGCCACGUUCGGCGCGUUGGCGGUGCUUCUGGGCACCGGAAAGUUCGUGGGUUUCCACUGGCACCGGCUGGCGUUCCUGCGGCGGUUCGUCGUGCCCCCCGCAGUGAUCUCGGGCCUGCUGGGCUGCGUGGUGUACCGGCUGUUCAAAGGGGUCAUGUCGCCGGGAGUGAAGUCGUCACUCGACGAGAGCUUGAGCGAGGUGGUGGUAUUGAUGAUCAACUUCACCUUCUCCGCGCUCACCCUCGGCUUCGCAAGCGCGGGGACCUACGUCCCCAGGACCCGGGCGGUGCUGGCCUCCAUCUGGCACGAGGCCCUGCCCAUGCUGGUCUACAGCCAGGUCCUCAUCUGGGGACAGUCGUGCGUGGCCCUGCUGACGGUCGGCCUCAUCCGCCUGGGAAACCCUGACGUGUCGGUCUUCCUCGGCGCUCUGGUUACCAUGGGCCUGGAGACGGGGCGCGACGUCAUGUCGUUCUCGACGAGGGAGAUUGCGGGGGAAUGGGCUGACGAGGUGGUCCGUCUUGCCGACUCCUUGGGCUUGCUCCUGUCCGUGUUUGGAGGCAUUUGCCUCAUGACGAUGCACAUGGGAAGCUGGGGUCCGACCGGGGCAAGGGCGUCGCCUGAUCGGGGCCGGCAGGGGCUCGGCGGCACAGCCGCCGCCGGCACCGCAGGGCGCGGCCUAGGCGGCGGCUUGCCCGGCUUCGAUGACGCAAACCUCGGCAGCAGCGACGCCGGCAGCAACAACCACCGCUCGCGUUCCCUGUCCCCUCGAUCCCGCCCGGCUCUUCGCGGCGCCGGCAUCGCCGGCAGCUUGCUGGAGGCGGGCACGCCGGAGGCGUCGGUGGCGGGCCGGGACAGGGGCCCCACGCUUGGGAUUCAUCGGGCGGGGCUCGGGGCGCACCUGCUGCUGCCGGCCGUGUCGGUGGGCGCGGCCUGGCUGGUUGACCUGUUCAUCCGCUUCCUGGAGAACCGUGUUGAGUACACGGCCAAGCACCACAUUAUUUCGGGCUUCCGGCUGUUCCAGCUGAGCAUGUGUGCCGCUCUUCUGUUCAUGUGCUUCAUCCGCCGGACAAGCCCGUUCCGGUACCACAGCGAGUGGUUCUUCAGGCUCAGCGGCCUGUGCCUCGACCUCAUGACCACCGCCGCAAUCAGCAGCAUCGGGUUUGCGAGCAUCCCCAACAAGUUCAACGCCGCCUUCCUGCUGGUGCUCUUCUCUUGCGUGCUGUGGAACGUGGGAGUGUUCAUCGUGCUGGCCCCUCGGAUGUUCCCCAACUUCUGGCUGUUGAGGGCGACCGCGCUCAUCGGCGACGCGCUUGGCCACAGCUGGGUGGGCCUCCUGCUGCUGAGGGCCAUGGACUUCCGCCUGCAGACGCCCGUGCCCCUGGCUUACGCGUACAAGACCAUGAUGUUCUUCGUGCCGGCUUCGGGGAGCAAGAACGCUAUCGUCAUAGCGAUGGUUGACGUCAUGGGCGUGUGGGAGGCGUUCGUAGUCUGCCUCGGCGUGUGCGUUGCGUGGCUCUGGGUCUUCGACUGGCACUUCAAGUCGAGGAUGCCGCACAACCAGCAGAUGAGGGAGGAGGAAAGGUCCAAGAAGAAGCAGCGCUCGCCGCUGCGGACGCGCAAGAAGAAGAAGAACGCGGUCGAAGAGGCGGAGCUCGUGGACAUGCGGCCGCCUGGCGUGGUCCGUCACGAGGUGGAGUCGCCCGUGGAGGAAGCAAGAGAAGUCGUUCUCGACCAGCCUUCCAAGAUCCUCACGGCGGCCCGUCUGCGCCGUCUCGCGGAAGCGGUGCCCCUGGGCCAGGCGAUGAAGACUUGGAAGCUCGGCUACAGCAUCGCCAGGGACGGCGCGAGCCUGUGGACCCUGCUGCAGAACUGCCGGGGGAGGGGGCCGUGUCUGAUCGUGGUGGAGGAUAGCUGGGGGUACGUCUUUGGCGGCUUCGUGGCCGGCUCGAUGAAGGAGAGCCAAAAAUACUACGGCACGGGCGAGUCCUUCGUGUACUCGUUCCACCCCUCCUUCAAGGGCCACCGCUGGACAGGAGCCAACGACUACUUCUGCAUCUCGAGCGACUCGUGGCUGGCCAUGGGCGGCGGCGGCGGCGGCUUCGCCUUCCAGAUCGACGACGAGCUCGACGCCGGAGAGAGCAAUCCGAGCGACACCUUCGGAAGCCCUCGGCUGUCUUCGAACGAGUUUUUCAGGUGCCUGCAGGUGGAGGUGUGGUUCUUCUCGAACCUCAAGCCUUCGGGCGAUUGACGCACGUACGUGUGUGAAGUACUUAGUGGAGAGCGAGCGUGCGGGAUAGGAUCCCCGACACACGCUAAGCUCUCCCGGCUCUUUUUCGUUCGCCAAAGGCCAAGAGAGAGAGAGAGAGGGGGAAACACCUUGGGAAGACUUCUUAACGGGAGAGAGGGACGGGGGCUACUUUCUGUGUCAAGAAAAAUGGCUUUGAAAUACGCAGGGACUGGCGGGAGGGGUAUUGUUUUCGCGUGGAUAUCGUCCAGGAACACCAGGGCUAGGUUCCUUGCGUUGGGAGGACCGAGGAUUUGGGAAAACGCCUGUUGGGGACGGUGUCUGUUGCGCGUACGAUGCGUUCGGGGCUCACUCCCUGUGCUCUUGUGGGCUGCCUGCGGCCUAGCGACGAGUCGGGCCUGAGACCCACCGAAACGAAGGUGUGCUAGCUACUGUCGUGGAAAAUCACACCGACGCCUUGUGCGGUGAGGUCUGUUGUUUUGGUGUUGGCUUGCUUUUCGACAUCACUGGGGUGUCGCCGCGGCCGCAGUGUACGAGAAGCAUUGGGCACCCGACACAAAGCGUCAUGUUGAACUCGCAAGCGUUGAUGGCAGGCCACGAAAACCCGUCUCUCUCGAUGGUUCGUUGACGAAGAAGAAAUCGACUACUGGGUGUGUUCAACAUGUUUGCUUAAUCCAGUGUCGACAGCGCCACCGCCAAACGCCAUCCCUAUAAUCCCCAUCUGGGAUGUGUGAAAGUUGGGCCAGGUCCCACAAUGUUGGUUUCAUUUUUUGUGGCGAAGCGCUCAUCCUUCCAGUUGUAUUUUUUACGGUCGUGGUGUUUCGCCCGGCUCUGCGUUUGGUGAGGUGUCGUUUUUCUCGAUAGGGGGUGGUGUUGUCACGGAACGGGCCGCCACGUUUCAAAAAAGGGAGCUUGGGUCGAUCGGAGAGAAUGCUCUUGCUCUACGCAAGAUGCAUACGUUGUGAGUUGGUUGUCGAGUCCUCUCUUGUUUCGGAUUGUGUG